GCUCAUACUGUGCAGAGAUAAGGACUGCGCGUCAGGGUGACUUUAAGCUGCAGAGGGUUGUUUCCCAUUUCGGUUGCCAGAAUUCCUCGACAUCUCCUUCCCUCGACGCGCACCACUAUGCUCCGCGACUAGAUGCGCUGUGAACCAAAUCAUAGCUCAAGUUUGGAAUAGUCGAAACCCCCGGGGUUUGACGAGUGUCCACACGAACCGCGAUUACAGUGCUCCUGAGACUCUGCGACCGAGCUAGUGGCCAUGGGCUCGUCGCAGAGCCGCGAGCCCCCCAAAAAGCAGCGAGUGCUAGUCGUGGGCGCUGGCGCUGCAGGCACGGCGUGCGCCUGGUCGCUGUCGCGCUUCCCCGAGCGCUAUGAGGUGGAGGUGUGGGAGUCGCUGCCGGUGCCGGGCGGCGUGGCGUCCUCAUGCAAGGUCAAGGACGGCCGGCACGUGAUCAACGACCAGGUGCAGGGCGGCGCACCCUCCUACCGCCACAACCUGUCGCUACUGCAGCUGUUCGGCUUCAAGCCCACGCCCGUGCACAUGCGCAUCGCGUUCGGCGUGGGCGACAAGCAGUGGACCAACCACAGCCCGAGCGACCUGACCAGUCGCCUGCAGCCGGAGAUCGCUCGCUUCGGGCGCCUCAUCCGCUGGAUUACCCGCUUCGAGCCGCUGUUCGUGUUCAUCCCCAUUGACCGGGUGCUGCGCUGGUUCCGCUUCUCACACGAGUUCCGCUACGAGAUGAUAUUCCCGCUGGUUGCGCUGUUCUUCGGCACCGGCAACCAGACGCCGCACGUGUCUGCCGCCGUCAUCGCACGUGUGUUUUUGGAUCCCGACCUGCGGCUGUUCGACUACUGCCCCAAGCGCCUGCUCAACAGUGUUCCGGAGAUGUUCGCGUUCCCGGUCCUGGAGGACAUCUGGAGCACCAUCGCCGCCAGGUCCAACUUCAAGCUGUGCUGCAACAGGCCGCUGGCGAAGCUGGUGCGCACGCCGGGCGGCGGCGCUGUGGCCACGGACGCUGCGGGCGCCACCGCCGCAUUCGACUCGGUGGUGUUCGCGUGCGACGCCGAGACGGUCCUGAAGACGCUUCAGAACCCCACCUGGCUGGAGCGGCGGCUGCUGCGCAACGUGACGUACUACACCGACUACUGCCUGACUCACGAGGACCACGACUACAUGGCCCGCCAGUACGACGUACGGCCGCAGCAGCGCGACAACUACUUCGUACGGACGUACGCGGGGCGGGACGCGGACAAGAUUGAGAUGAGCUUCAACCUGUCCACCUACCAGCCCCACCUCAAGGAGGCUGGUCUGGACAUCUACCAGACCUACUAUCUGGACGCCAAGCAGAAGCACCUGUGGACCGACAAGGAGGUGGACUCCAGCAAGGUGCUGGCCAGCCGCUGGAUGCGGCAGUUCGCACACACCUGGACCCACUUCGCCUUCUGGGUGCCAUGGGGCCGCUUCAUCCAGGGCACGCACAGCACCUACUACGCCGGCUCAUACACCAUGGUCAACACGCAGGAGAUCGCGGUGAUGUCGGGGCUGGCGGCGGCGGUGCGGCUGGGCGCCGACUACCCCUUCCCCCACGACCCCCUGGCCGCCAAGCAGUUCGACACCUACCUGGCUGUAGCACACGGCGCAACCCGGCCCAAGCAGCAGCAGCAGCAGCAGCAGCCGCCGCGGCGCGGUGGCAGUAGCAGCAGCGUUGGCAGUGGCGAGGGCGUCAGCGAAAAGGGCGUGGCGCCGCUGGUGGCGGGCGCGGUGAGCAGCUCCCGGGGGUAGUGCACGGGGGUUGUGGGCGGGGGUUGUGGGCGGUGGCGGUGGGCAGUGGUGGUGGGCAGUGGGCAGUGGGGCUGCGGGGGCUGGUGAAAGGUGGAGAGUUGGUGCUGCUUGGAUGGUGGGCGCUUCUUUGGGUGUGGGGCAUGAGCUGUGUGGGUAUGAGAGUAUGAGCUGUGGUAAUGUUGAUGUGGUGGCCUGGUGAGGGCGGUUUUGGGUGGUGGUAUAGCUGCAGGUGUAGCCGUGUAGAUGCGGCGGGUAAUGCACGCAGCAGGCACAGCUGCUUUUGGCCUUGCGAGCUCAUGCCUCAUGGGUAGCGCUUGGGCAUUUGUAUACUGGUACCAGUCGUGUCGCACUGGUAGCGGUGGUGGCGACUGGCAACAGGCCGAGGGGCGAGUGCGGCAUCCACGCAACCGGCCGAAGCGCAGGGAGGCUCCGUCCCACCCCGCAGUUCGCUUCUGAAUUCUGACUCGUACUUUUGAUGCAUUGAGUUUUGACUUGCGGGUGUGAACCGUUGAGUAUGUAAGGCAGUAAUUGGCGCUGUUAAGAGUGGCCUCCCCCCCGAGCGGGUGUCUACUGUAGUGCUCAGGUCCUCAGCCCGU